AAACCAUGAUGCUGCCACCACCAUGUUUGACAGUGGGGAUGGUGUGUUCAGGGUGAUGAGCUGUGUUGCUUUUACGCCAAGCAUAUCGUUUUGCAUUGUGGCCAAAAAGUUCAAUUUUGGUUUCAUCUGACCAGAGCAACUUCUUCCACAUGUUUGGUGUGUCUCCCAGGUGGCUUGUGGCAAACUUUAAACGAGACUUUUUAUGGAUAUCUUUGAGGAAUGGCUUUCUUCUUGCCACUCUUCCAUAAAGGCCAGAUUUGUGCAGUGUACGACUGAUUGUUGUCCUAUGGACAGACUCUCCCACCUCAGCUGUAGAUCUCUGCAGUUCAUCCAGAGUGAUCAUGGGCCUCUUGGCUGCAUCUCUGAUCAGUUUUCUCCUUGUUUGAGAAGAAAGUUUGGAAGGACGGCCGGGCAGCAACAGGAGUACAAGCAAGAUUAGGCAGAUGGAGGACAAGAAUAAUGAUGAUCACAUAAUGGAUGAAAGUGAUGUGGAUGAAACUCAAUCUCACACAAAUGACAAACCCAAAUGGGCAAAUGGUCAAUGUGUUCUGGCAAUUCCAAGCUAUUCUCUGGUAAACCCCAGCUUUGACCUCUCGCAAUGCAGCACCACGUUGGAGAGGAACGGCUUUCAGAUUCCAAUGAGAGAUAUCGAGGUGCCCUUGAAAACAGCCUUGGAAGUCCCUUCAGUCAGGAGAUAUAUGAUUUUCAACUCUUCGCUCUUCCAUAUUAUAAUGGCACCGUUUCUAUAUCUAGUGUUGUGGUGCGCCGUGUUCUCCACCCUGCGCCUCUAUAUGUCCGUCAUCGACUAUUGGAUCCUGUGCCUGUGUGUCAGUCUGAUUUCCGUGGCCCUUACUACUGCUAUAAUCUUUGUUCUCAACCACAAUAAAAAGGAGAUCAAUAUUAACUUGGACGUACGGCUGAUCCAAGUGAAUGAGACGAUGGUCAAGCACAAGCUGCUGGUGGCCGUGGCCGACUGGGUGCACAACUGCAAAGGAAGCAUACAGCUGUACUUUGUGUAUUGGGACAUGGCUGGUUGUUUGCGAACACUGACUGAAACACUAGAGGAGCGCAGUUUAGCGGGCAAUGACACCUGGAGCAAGCUGAAGAAGAAGAUGUCCCAUCUGGUUCUGAUGACCGAGGUCCCAUGCGAGGACCCUGAAGAGGAACAAGGUCCGCAAGAGCAGAGGCCUCUACUGAGAAAUGAAGACUGUGGUUCUUCUUCUUCUAAAGUCACGAGCAACUACAGUCUCAUCCCUGAGGCAUCUCUACCCGCUGAGACUCAAGCCUACCAGCUGCUGAUGAUCUACAGUGCUGCCUACGUCAAGCUUUUGGUAUCUGGUCAGCUGUCUGGACCUUCACACCACCGCAUGCGACCUCAGAAUAACCACUGCACUACUGCGCCAUUUUGCCUCUGUCAGUUCAUCAAACUCAAGGUUCUUGAAUAGCGCAACAGACGUAGUGCAAAAAAGGACUCAAGUGGACAAUUUGAAAUCCUACUAGGUCACUUCUGCUGGGAUUAACUGUUGUGAAGCCCAUCAGUAUGCUAAAAUCAUUUGUGAUCAGGUCUAGCAGGGGCAGAGCUUGAAGGGGUGUUGGCGGUGCGGUUGCACCCAGAUCCUGGUCCAAAGGUGGGUAGAGUAGCCAAAUACCAUAUUGGCCCGAAUAUAAGAUGGUGUUUUUUUGCAUUGAAAUAAGAGUGAUAAGGAGGGGGUCGUCUUAUAUUCGCGGUCUAAACAUUGUACCCAUUCACGACGCUAGACGGCGCCAGAUAUCAUUGAAGCAAUGUUCUGUCAUGAUAGAUCUCAGCUACUCUCCCCAUUCAUGACGCUAGAUGGCGCCAAAUAUCAUUGAAGCGAUGUUCUGUCAUGACAGAUUUCAGCUAAUCUUUUUAGUUUAACCAGUUUGCAUUAUUUUAUUGCAAUGUUUUUCCUUAUUCAGAUUUGUUUCAAGACUACAGUUAGACUUCACUUUGAUGGUUAAUGCAGUUAUUGCAAUUUUGUUGUUUUAUCACAAUAGAUUGCUUCUGGUUUUUGAAAUGUAAAUAAACCAGAGGCGUCGCGUCCCAUUAGGCAAACCAGGCAAUUGCCUAGGGCCGCCAGCCAGCAGGGGCCCACAGAAGGCCAACAGAUUUAGCACACGCAGCUUUACUGUACUGUCGCAGCGACAAGUGUAGGGAGUGUUUCAAUACCAUGGAAUCAUUUGUCAGAUUAUCUAUCGAUUCUGUUAUCUAUCUCAAUCAGCACUAACCAUGUCAUGUAUAUUAUACAUGUGUAAGGCUAGGUUCAUACUACAGGUCUUAAUGCACAAAUCUGAUUUUUUUGUCAUAUCUGUUUUUUUUUGGCGUGCCCGUUCAGACUGCCUUUGUCCAUUGAGACCAUUCAAGUAUUACGCAUGCGCACUAAUUCGCAGUCUGACACGUGCUGAGCAGGACGACCCGCAUGCGCAGAAGCAUCAAAACAAAUGACCACACACGCUGGCUGUCAUCAGUCAUUCCAGAGAUAUCAUAUUUUGCUUUUUAAAAAGAGGACACAAAUAACAGACAUAAAUAAUCCCGGUUUAGGCUUAUAUUCAAAGUAUAUGGAUCGAUAGGAUGCACGCACUGUCCGUGCAUGUCACACACACAUACGGGCCGUUUGCCCCGACUCUUGGCCGUGUAAGCAAUGUUGAAAUAUUGCUUAUAUGGAGCAGACAGAAAACCGAUCAUUCUCAGGCUUAUCCUCAACCCAUUUUUAUUUUUUUUAUGACUGUUGUCAAGUCCGACACUUCCAAAAAAGCCGUGUUCAAGGCAAGCUAGGCACUAAUAACGCACAGCUGCACCGCUACCGUAGCAUCUUACUCGCUUUUUGAUGACGUAAUUGCUGCAUGAAUUCCGAUUUGAGAGACGGGACAGUACAGACCGCCGCAACAGUCUGGAAAAAUGUGGCCUAGAUCGGAUUUGAACCACAUACGAAAGUGACCCAGAUCGGAUUUGAAAUGGUCCAGUUCUAUGCGAUGUGUCACGUUCAGACCGUCAAGUUAAUGCCUCACUUGAGUCGGAAAAACACGACAAAAAUCGGAUUCGUGAAUUAAGACCUGUAGUAUGAACGUAGCCUAAGAAAGUCCAGUCAGCUAUUAAUACCACAUGAUUGUUUAAAGAGUGAAUCACCAAGUGCUCUCUGGAAAGUCCUUGACGAGUUGUUUUAUGUUGAUUUUCACAGGCCACCUCAUUAUUCAUGUGACUACUUAAAAUGGUGAUUUUUCCCAAAAAAUCUAUUGGUCUAUUGUAUUCCUCGUCGAAUACUCUAUAAGAAAAUAUAACACAUAUGCAUCUAAAAUAAUCCUAAAUGAUUUUAUUAGCAAUUUUAAUACUCCUUUUGGCAAGGUUCCUUGGGUAUGCGUACGUUCCCAUAGCAACCAGUCCUGUUAUUGUCCUACGUCACAAGCGCUGCGUAUUCUGGGAGCGAGAAUAGGCGUAAGGUGCGCAUUUCGAGCAGAGGACCGCCACCUGUUAAAAUGUGUGCGUCCAUGAAUGAAUGUAAGUACAUCCAUAUGAGUCAGUGUGUAAAGUGUUUAGUUUUCACCACUUUUAUGGCCAAGAUGACCGCACGUGCACGCAGCGCGCACUCGCAGCCCCCCACCUUUGUGUUCAUUAUACUGCGCGAGUAUGUAUGUGUGUCACGUGACUCCGAAGGGUCCCAUGUUGCUUGUUGCCUGGGGCCCCCGGGGACCCUUGCUACGCCUCUGACCAGAAGCCAUUCAUUUACGAAUGUGAUUGCACUUUAGUUUACAUAUUCAAAUGUUCAGAUAUUAAGAGUAGAAUGAGGCAAAAUAACAUGCAUUUUCUCUCAAAUAUAUUAUUAUAAUCAUUUGUUUCGGAUGUACUGUAAUUAUUUUCUGUAUAAAAAUUAAAUUGGUGUUCAAAGUCUUUUUUCAAACUUGAGUCUUGAAAAAGAGGGGGUCGUCUUAUAAUCAGGCCCGUCAUAUUCGGGCCUAAUACGGUAUUUGACUCAAGUAAGAGUAGCGUUACUUCAAAAUAAUAUUACUCAUAGACUCCAUAAUGAUAUUCAAGUAGGGGACUAUCCUACACUUCGCUUCGGUCGGUCAAAGUUAUUCAACACAUGCAGCGAUCCAACGCCGGAUUUAGGUUGAAAAAGUACGAAGCUGUACCGUAUACUAACAGGAAGGAUUGUCUCAGGAGUGAUUUGAUUGAGGAUUCAAGGUAAUAAUUAAAUUUUUCGUACCAUGCAUACAUUUUGAAACGUUGUGAAAAAAAUCAACCGCUACGGCAUUGACGUCAAAAUUCGACAUAUUUACGUAAAAUAAAUGCUAACUGCCCGUUUUUUUUUUGUUUUGUUUUUUUACUUUUAACCAAGAAUCGAGACUGUUUUACGUCCAUAUCUAUAAAAAAUUCUGGGAUUUAAGCAUUUGUUCACAAGAAUUUCAACAUAAAAAGCUCUAUGUAGUUUUAAGGCGGCACAACAGUCGCUUAAAGUCUAGCAGCACAUUUGACAUAUUUACGUAAAAUAAACACUAACUGCAUGGUUUUUUGCUUUUACCCAAGAAUUGAGACUGUUUUACGUCCAUAUCUAUAAAGAAUUCAGGGAUUAAGCAUUUAUUCCCAAAAAUUUCAACGUAAAAAGCUCUUUGUGGUGAUAAGGCAGUGCCGCUGUGGCACAAAGACUAGCUACACAUUUGACAUAUUUACAUAAAAUCAAUGCUAACUGCUCAUUUUUUUUGUUUGUUUCACUUUUAACAAAGAAUUGAGACUGUUUUACAUCCAUAUCUAUAAACAAUUCAGGAAUUUAAGCAUUUAUUCCCAAAAAUUUCAACGUAAAAAUCUCUUUGUGGUGAUAAGGUGGCACAACAGUGGUUUAAAGACUAGCAGCACAUUCAACAUAUUUACGUAAAAUAAAUGCUAACUGCCCGUUUUUUUUUUUUUUGCUUUUAACCAAGAAUCGAGACUGUUUUACAUCCAUAUCUCUAAAAAAAAUCAGGGAUUUAAGCAUUUGUUCACAAGAAUUUCAACAUAAAAAGCUCUAUGUGGUUUUAAGGCGGGACAACAGUCGCUUAAAGUCUAGCAGCACAUUCGACAUAUUUAUGUAAAAUAAAUGGUAACUAUCUUUUUUUUUGCUUUUAACCAAGAAUCGAGACUGUUUUACGUCCAUAUCCAUAAAGAAUUCAGGGAUUUAAGCAUUUACGCCGAAAAACUUUAACAUAAAAAGCUCUUUGUUGUGAUAAGGCGGCGCCACAGUGGCUUAAAGACUAGCAGCACAUUUGACAUAUUUACGUAAAAUAAAUGGUAACUGUCAAUUUUUUUUGGUUGCUUUCAACAAAGAAUCGAGACUGUUUUACGUCCAUAUCUAUAAAGAAUUCAGGGAUUUCAGCAUUUAUUCCGAAACAUUUCAACAUAAAAAGCUCUUGUUGUGAUAAGGUGGCGCCACAGUGGCUUAAAGACGAGCAACACAUUCGACAUAUUUACGUAAAAUAAAUGCUAACUGCCCGUUUUUUUCGCUUUUAACCAAGAAUCAAGACUAUUUUACGUCCGUAUCUGUAAAAAAAAAAAAUCUGGGAUUUAAGCAUUUGUUCACAAGAAUUUCAACAUAAAAAGCUCUAUGUCGCUUAAAGUCUAGCAGCACAUUCGACAUAUUUACAUAAAAUAAACACUAACUGCAUGUUUUUUUGCUUUUAACCAAGAAUUGAGAUUGUUUUACGUUCAUAUCUCUUAAGUAUUCAGGGAUUUAAACAUUCACAAAAAAAAUUCAACAGAAAAAACCCUUGUGAUUCCACUCGGUCAGCUUUGACGGCCACGCCAACAAUGCUGGCUGACUAUUAAUCGGCCCCGUACCCCGUCAAUAAUUAUGAAGUCUAUGGCCUGGCAUUGGCUGCCACUGACAGCCAUAGAUGUCAAAUCCGUUUGAAGAGGCAGGGAUGGCAGAGAAUUAACUGUUCAUUCGCUACUAUCCCUCCCAAAUCAAACGGAUUGGACGUCUACUCGUAUGUAACAGGUACUACGUAUAGCGUAUUUUGUGCUCCGACUCGAACUGACCUCAUCUCUCAAAUACAUUCAAUUACAAGUCAUUUUACAUUUUAAUCCCACAAAUGAAAAGAAUCCAGACAAGACAUGAACAAACACUGUCAUGGCGUAUAAGAGCAAGAAGGAAAAAGACACAGUCGCUGGAAAAACGGGUCAGCUAUAAAUAGCUUUUUAGUGAGAGGUUGGAGAGCGACACACACACACACACGCAGAGGUGGAAAAGACACACACCCACUCAAAGAAAAAAGAUGCUGCGUCGUUCAAGUUGUCAUUGUCAGACCGUAAUUCAUAUAUUUUAUUCAUGACUCAAAACAGCCCGUGAAACACAACCAUAAAUAAAUAACCACAAUUAAAGAGAAAUGGGUACACUCUCUUUCUUCUUGUCCUUGAAAAAAAAGUAUCACUUGUAUGACAUUGUCAAUUGAAAUUAACAAGCAGACAAAAAACUAGGGAAAGAAUGAAUAUUUUCAUUAGAAAGAAAAGCACUCAAGAAGCUGCGACUUAGCGCUAUCUAAACUAGAUAUGGCAAAGUGAAUGUUUAUUAAAAUACGUAUAUUUGCGCAUUAUGCACUUAACAGCAAUGCGGCUGUGCAAUUCAUGCUUUCUUCAUAUCAGGGCUUUCAGUAUCAUUUCAAAAUAACGGCUUGACAUUUUGAAUAGUUUAGCUUUUGUUUGUCCUUUCUAACUCGACACAUAAUAAUACCAUCAAAACAUUUCCCAUAGUUCCACAUUCAUCAUUUUUGCAACAUCCCCUAUAAAACCUAUAGACAUAACAACCUUUCAUAUUCACAUUCACACUUAUGGAUAAUAUGUAGUAAUCACUACCCUAACAUGCACGUUUUUAACCGCACUUGUAACUAACAUGACAAAAGCGCACAAAAAAUAUUAUUUCCAGUGGUGGAAUGUAAUGAUUACUGUUCUUAAGUACCCUAAUUUUCAGACUAUAAACCGCUACUUUUUUCCCUCAUUUUGAAUCCUGCAGCUUAUAGUCCAGUGCGGCUUAUUUGUUGAUUUAUUUGGGUUAAUAGGUAACACUUUAUUUGACAGCGGCAUCAUAAGACUGUCAUAAGAACAUCAUAAUUAUGACAUGACACUAUUCUGGGCAUUACUGAAUGCUUAUGACAGAUGUCAAUAUGUGUCAUGUGGCAUAUUAUUUCACUAACUCCAUUUAUGUCCAGCUCAGAUUUUUUACGGCCAUUCAAAAGUGAGAUAAUUUGUUGGAUGACACUAACCGACCUCUAUUAUAAGCAUUUAUUAAUGCUUAUGACAUUGUCAUGUAAUAAUUACGACUGUCAUAUGACAGUAUUACGGCACCAUUAGCCAAGAAAAUGUUACCAAAUACCAUAACUAGCAAUUAAUGAAACUGGAACAGUAACUGAAGAAAUAAUUAGCACAGAACAUGAUAGUUAUUUACAUCUGUAGUGCCGCAAUGCAUGCUAGGAGGAAUGUUGGAUGACAACAGUGUUGAAAGCAGGUGGCAGCAGAGGUUGACUGUCUCCCCUAAGGGAGCAGUGAUGGCCAACUGAAGCUUUUAGAAACAAUAAGGCUUUACACCCAAUUGGUUCAAAGCUUAACGGUGGUUUAUUUGGUCUCGUGACGGUCUUAUGAUGCUAUUGUUAAAUGAAGUGUUACCAGUUAAUAUCUUUUUGAGUAAAUAUCCCAUAAUACAAUGAGGACAACUGCGGCUUAUAGUCCAGUGCAGCUUAUCUAUGACCAAAUGCCGUUUUCGUGUCAAAUUUGGUGGGGGGCGGCUUAUAGUCAGGUGGGCCUUAUAGUCCAGAAAUUACGGUACUUUUUUUUAAGUGUGUUAUAAUUUUCACUCCGUUACUUUGCAAAUUGUCGACUGUGUUACACGUUGGUUUGUAUGUUUUUUUUUCUUUGUGAAUUGAUCGUUUCGUUUUCAUGCCUCCGACGAGAUCGAUAAGCCCUGUGCAAAUAUUCCGUAACUAAGCACUAGAGGCAGCAACAGGAGUACAAGCAAGAUUAGGCAUGUGAACAAAAUAUACCUACUCAUAUAUAUAUAUAUAUAUAUAUAUAUAUAUAUAUAUAUAUAUAUAUAUAUAUAUAUAUAUAUAUAUACAUAUAUAUAUAUAUAUAUAAAUUAGGGCUGUCAAAAUUAUCGCGUUAACAGGCGGUAAUUAAUUUUUUAAAUUAAUCACGUUAAAAUAUUUGAUGCAAUUAACACACAUGCCCCGCUCAAACAGAUUAAAAUGACAGUACAGUGUAACGUCCGCUUGUUACUUGUUUUUUGGUGUUAGGCGCCCUCUGCUGGCGUUUGGGUCCAACUGAUUUUAUGGGUUAGUACCAUGAGUGAGGAUGGUGUAAUUAUUGACAUCAACAAUGGCGAGCUACAUACUAGUUUAUUUUUUGAUUGAAAAUUUUACAAAUUUUAAUAAAACGAAAACAUUAAGAGGGGUUUUAAUACAACAUUUCUAUAACUUGUACUAACAUUUAUCUUUUAAGAACUACAAGUCUUUCUAUCCAUGGAUCGCUUUAACAGAAUGUUAAUGUUAAUGCCAUCUUGUUGAUUUAUUGUUAUAAUAAACAAAUACAGUCCUUAUGUACCGUAUGUUGAAUGUAUAUAUCCAUCUUGUGUCUUAUCUUUCCAUUCCAACAACAAUUUACAGAAAAAUAUGGCAUAUUUUAUAGAUGUUUGAAUUGCGAUUAAUUGCGAUUAAUUACGAUUAAUUUAUUUUUAAGCUGUAAUUAACUCGAUUAAAAAAUUUAACCGUCCGGCAGCCCUAAUAUAUAUAUAUAUAUAUAUAUAUAUAUAUAUAUAUAUAUAUAUAUAUA